GAAUACAAUUGUAAUUUAUUUUAAGUUGUGAGCUUGUCUCCAGGAAUGAAUUGAUUAAAGAAGCCAAACAGUCCUGGGGAUUUUAUCUGCUUGAUUUUCAACAAUUUACUCCUAAUUAAUUAUUCUGACUAGAAAAAAAAAAUUGUACCUCUAUGGGAUGCCAGUAUUUAGAAGUGACAUUUCAAAUCUCUGGUUGGACAAAUUGGGGGAAUUUUCUGAUUUCGUCAUUUGUUGAAUUCACUUUUAAGUGUCUCCUCAGGGGAUUAUGUUCAUUCCAUGGGCUAGGAAUUGAAGUAGAAUUUGCAUUUGGUUGAAUUGGAUUGAGCCACAGGUAUUGGCUGCAAAGCAUUGCUAGCUUACAGGGAAAUUUUACUUCAUAAAAACAAAGCUAAGGCUGUUUUUUUGUUUUUUUUUUUUUUUUUAAAUGAACAUUCUGGUUUUCCUCUGGAACAUAAUGGUUUUCUAAUACACAAUGAUAUGUAUAUAGUUUUCUAUUUAACGUGUGCCCUGUUUUGUCAACAUUAAGACAGUAUUUCCAUUUGCAAUAUAUUGUGAUUGUAAUCUAAGGUAAAUUGAGAGUGUUCUGGUAGCUGAUGACCUGCUGAGUUGAAGUGCUAGGUUUCUAAAUGUGUCACACGGGACCUGAAAAUCCAGGCUGGGGAGGCCUGCUGUGUCAUGGGAAGCCACAUUUAUCUCAAACAAGAUAUCAUGAGCAGAGGCUGCAUUUCCCUAUCAUAGCGCUUACUUUUAACAUCGAUUUUCUUACUUUCUAAAAAAAAAAAAAAAAUAAGCACCAUAGAAAGCACAGUGGCCAGGAAGGGAUGUGUUGCCGAGGUGGGCAAAACUCUUAAAGCAGGUAGACCCUCCUGGGUGCAUUGGCUCACACCUGCCAUCUCAGCUACUCAGUAGGCGGCAGGACAGGGCAGGGCAGCAGGUCGAUCGCUCAUUUGAGGCCACCCUGGGAACUUAGUCCUUGUCUUAAAAGGGGGGGGAUUCUGGGGAUGUAGCUCAGUGAUGAAGCACUUGCCUAGCAUGCAAGAGUCUCCAGUCCAAUCCCUAGCACCAGAGGGAAGAGAAUGAAACAAAAGUAGCACAACAGAACCAAACAUAGUGGCUUCCUGGGAAUCCAGACCCUUAGAAACUGGUUUCUCUUCUCCAGGAUCGUGGGCUUUCGUGCUGCUCUGUGCAGCCACCUAGGUCACUGGAACAUGCAGCCCCACGGGUAAAGAUGUGGCAGGGGUGCUUCUGUGGGACCUGCCUACCACGUACCUAAACACCAGGGGCACCUGGAGCACUGUACAAGUGGGCAGCCACGUACCCAGUUGCUGUAGAAGAGUCAGCAGGCCGCAGUGGACAGCCAGCAGCUUCUGAUAUGGUAGAGCAGAAAGAGAUGCUGUGCCUGGAGACUGCCCAUCCAGUUCCUGUCGUUCCUCAACCUGUUGUUUGCCAGUGGUGCUUGUGCCUCCUGGGCCCCCCGCACCACCCAUCCAAGGAUAUGCCUUCAAGCCUCCACCUCGACCCGACUUUGGGACCUCGGGAAGAACAAUCAAACUACAGGCCAACUUCUUUGAAAUGGACAUCCCCAAAAUUGACAUCUAUCACUACGAAUUGGAUAUCAAGCCAGAGAAGUGUCCAAGGAGAGUUAACAGGGAAAUAGUGGAACAUAUGGUCCAGCACUUUAAAACACAGAUCUUUGGGGAUCGGAAGCCAGUGUUUGAUGGAAGGAAGAAUCUUUACACAGCUAUGCCCCUUCCAAUUGGGAGGGAUAAGGUGGAGCUGGAGGUCACACUGCCAGGAGAAGGCAAAGAUCGAAUCUUCAAGGUAUCCAUCAAGUGGGUGUCCUGUGUGAGCCUGCAGGCCUUACAUGACGCACUUUCAGGGCGUCUGCCCAGUGUCCCUUUUGAGACGAUCCAGGCCCUGGAUGUGGUCAUGAGGCAUCUGCCAUCCAUGAGGUACACCCCCGUGGGUCGCUCCUUUUUCACUGCCUCUGAGGGCUGCUCCAAUCCUCUUGGUGGGGGCCGAGAAGUGUGGUUUGGCUUCCAUCAGUCCGUCCGACCUUCUCUUUGGAAAAUGAUGCUGAAUAUAGAUGUGUCGGCAACAGCGUUUUACAAGGCACAGCCAGUGAUUGAGUUCGUUUGUGAAGUUCUGGAUUUUAAAAGUAUUGAAGAACAACAAAAACCUCUGACAGAUUCCCAAAGGGUAAAGUUUACCAAAGAAAUUAAAGGUCUAAAGGUGGAGAUAACGCACUGUGGGCAGAUGAAGAGGAAGUACCGCGUCUGCAACGUGACCAGGCGGCCUGCCAGCCAUCAAACGUUCCCCCUACAGCAGGAGAGUGGGCAGACCGUGGAAUGCACAGUGGCCCAGUACUUCAAGGACAGGCACAAGCUGGUUCUGCGCUACCCCCACCUCCCGUGUUUACAAGUCGGACAGGAGCAGAAACACACCUACCUUCCCUUGGAGGUCUGUAACAUAGUAGCAGGACAGAGAUGUAUAAAAAAAUUAACCGACAAUCAGACCUCAACUAUGAUCAGAGCGACUGCCCGGUCAGCGCCCGAUAGGCAAGAAGAGAUCAGCAAAUUGAUGCGAAGUGCAAGUUUCAACACAGACCCAUAUGUCCGUGAGUUUGGAAUCAUGGUGAAAGACGAGAUGACUGAUGUGACGGGGCGGGUCCUACAGCCACCCUCCAUCCUCUACGGAGGCCGGAACAAAGCAAUUGCCACCCCUGUCCAGGGUGUCUGGGACAUGAGGAACAAGCAGUUCCACACAGGCAUCGAGAUCAAGGUGUGGGCCAUUGCCUGCUUCGCCCCCCAGCGCCAGUGCACGGAAGUCCAUCUUAAGUCCUUCACAGAGCAACUUCGAAAGAUCUCAAGAGAUGCUGGAAUGCCCAUCCAGGGCCAGCCGUGCUUCUGCAAAUAUGCCCAGGGGGCGGACAGUGUGGAGCCCAUGUUCCGGCACCUGAAGAAUACAUACGCUGGCCUGCAGCUGGUGGUGGUCAUCCUGCCUGGCAAGACCCCAGUCUAUGCUGAGGUCAAGCGCGUGGGCGACACAGUACUUGGGAUGGCCACACAGUGUGUGCAGAUGAAAAACGUGCAGAGAACCACACCACAGACCCUGUCCAACCUCUGCCUGAAGAUCAAUGUCAAGCUGGGGGGCGUCAACAACAUCCUGCUGCCCCAGGGCAGGCCUCCAGUGUUCCAGCAGCCUGUGAUCUUUCUGGGAGCAGAUGUCACUCACCCACCUGCGGGGGACGGGAAGAAGCCUUCGAUUGCCGCAGUCGUGGGCAGCAUGGAUGCGCACCCCAACCGCUACUGCGCCACUGUGCGUGUGCAGCAGCACCGGCAAGAGAUCAUUCAGGACCUGGCGGCCAUGGUGCGUGAGCUGCUCAUCCAGUUCUACAAGUCCACACGCUUCAAACCCACCCGCAUCAUCUUCUACCGCGAUGGUGUCUCCGAAGGCCAGUUCCAGCAGGUCCUUCACCACGAGCUGCUGGCCAUCCGUGAGGCCUGUAUUAAGCUGGAAAAGGACUACCAGCCGGGGAUUACGUUCAUCGUGGUGCAGAAGAGGCACCACACACGGCUCUUCUGCACUGACAAGAACGAGCGGGUUGGGAAGAGUGGGAACAUUCCUGCAGGCACAACUGUGGACACGAAGAUCACCCACCCAACGGAGUUUGACUUCUACCUAUGUAGUCAUGCCGGCAUCCAGGGGACAAGCAGGCCGUCCCACUACCAUGUCCUCUGGGAUGACAAUCGUUUCUCUUCUGACGAGCUGCAGAUUCUCACCUACCAGCUGUGUCACACCUACGUGCGCUGCACACGCUCUGUGUCCAUCCCAGCGCCAGCCUACUAUGCCCACCUGGUGGCCUUCCGGGCCAGGUACCACCUGGUAGACAAAGAACACGAUAGUGCUGAGGGGAGCCAUACCUCGGGGCAGAGCAACGGGCGAGACCACCAGGCCCUGGCCAAGGCGGUCCAGGUCCAUCAGGACACGCUGCGCACCAUGUACUUUGCUUGACGUGUCUAGUGUCCAGCGAUUGUGCACCAAGUUGGAUUCACACGAGACCAGCCUCACUCAGACCAACAGACGCCCAGCCCUCCGUGACAGCCAGCAUCCAACAUGAGACGUCAUUGAUUUUAUCAGAUCUCCAUUUUCCAGAAUGCCUUCCGUCCCAGAUUUCAAACUUGGAUUUUGAACUGCAGACCUGUAUGAGACCCCACUGUCGUAGGAAAUAUGGUUUGCCAAAAUCUAUGAGCUGCUUAUUAAAAUAGAACCCCGUGUUUCCUAAAAAUCCUAAAACCAGUCUAUGAACUCAGGGCUUUAAAACAUUUUUUAAUUUAUUUGGUCAUUCAAUUUACUUGUUUUUAACACAUAAUUCUCUAUGAAAUUGAUGGGCUCAAACUAGCUGUGAAUGUUCUGAGAGUGAAAGCAACACAAAACAUUGUGGUUUUAAAGCCUUGAACAUUCUGAUGUUGUCACUGAAGUUGAUUUCCAAGAGGCGUGGUGUGCUUGUGGCCUGGCUGCACAAGCUCAGCCCUAAGGGCAGGUGGCCGUGCGCGGCAUCCACAGGUGUGUCUUGCUCUGCCAUUGCCUACCUCCCAUAGUGUGAGCCGAGGUACAGUGGCAGAAGGAGGGCCACGUGUGUUUACAGCAGUGACAUGUCCAGAGAGAUUGGCAGAUAAGUGCCAUUUUAAUAACAAUUUAUUUAAAAAGAGAAGAAAGACAAUAUACCGACAGUCUAAUCAUAAGAUUUGUCCUAUAGGACUGUGACGUUUAUUUUCCAAAGUUUCUAAAGAAUACGGGUCUGUGGUGAGAAAUACAGUACAAUCCUUUUUCA